UAAACUUCCGCAGUGAAAGAUUUUAUUUUCGCUGCUGGCUUUAACUUUAUUGCGUUUGGAGUAAGCGUGAAUUUCGGCGCAUAAUUAAUCACAAUGUUGACAAAGGUCAUUCUGCUGGUUGCCGUGCUGGGCUGUGUCCACGGCGGGAACUACGAUGCCACCUUUUUGAAAUCGGGUGAAACCUUGCUGCCGAAAGCGCUGCAAGUGAAAGCCGGUGGAUCGUGUACCCCAACGGCCAAGGAUAUCCUUGGGCCGUAUUACAAGGCAAACGCUCCUUUACGCCCAAACAACCCCGUUCCCUAUAUCUGCAACAAUUUGCCGGCGAAUGACCGUUUGUUCUUGAACGGCACUAUUUCCCUGCGCAGCUCCGCCGCCCAGUGCGGUAAGCCUGUCCGCGCCCUCCUGGACAUCUGGCACGCCAAUGCCGAUGGGGUGUACAGCGACACUGCGCCCACUUCCAAGGACUUCAGCUGCCGUGUGAAAGUGUACACCAACGACAACGGCGCGUACUCCCUGACGUCCAUCUUCCCCGGUCGGUAUGACGACGGCGGCUACCGUCCCGCUCACAUCCAUUUCAAAAUCACCCCGGUGGAUAAGAACAACAAUCCCAUUGGCAAUACUCUCACCACCCAGCUCUACUUUGCCGAAGAUUUCUACCUCAGCCCGCGCGACUCCUGCGGCGUCUGCGGAUCCGGCCAGCCGACGCUCAUCUCGCACGUGGAACACGUCGGCGACAUUAAGACCUAUGUGGGCUCAUGGAACGUUUUGCUUUAAAUAAUUUCUCCCGUUUUACGGAGACUGCCAUCUUUGACAGAAAAUCCUCCCCGCUUCCGAACUGAAUCAAACUUUAUUUUUCCGGUAUAUAUUUUUGUAAAAUGUAAAAACCGUGAUAAAUUCAAAACCGCUGUGAAAUUAUGAAAAAAACACAGCACCGUAAACCAGUAAAAUACGAUAGAAGUAAAUAAAAUUUCGGCUUCGGA